CUGGUUCGAUUCCAGUACGGGGCAUUGAGCAGGCCUAUGGGCCGAUUGACUUUUGCUCUUUUUUGCCCUCUCCUCCUCAUGAGGAGAGGAGUAUGUAUGAAUGAAUAUUAUUCGCAUUCGCAAAGUGUGCUUUCAGUUUUGAAUGGCUCACCGACCCUGCAAAUUUCCGCAUUAGGCAGUGUAGCGAAUUCAACCACCAGAUCCACCCACCUCUGUCUCUCUCAUCCUCCACCUCCAGAAACUUCAAAACUUCGUUAGCU